UUCAAGGACCUUGACUGGCGCUACGUAACUCCGAGAACUCAAUAGUGAUUCAGCAGCAUCGCGGAGAGAGACACGGCGAGAGAAACAUCAGGAGAGGAGAGAUUCUGCGCUGGUUUGGAACCUUUACGUCACUGAACAAUAAAAAUGAUGCAAGUAAUAAUUAAUUGAGGUCGAUAAAAAAACAAAAAACAAAAAAAAAAAAAACAACAAAACUUCUUUCGUCUCUGAAAAGAAAAGGAAGUACCGGUAUAUUGGACUUUGAGCGGCUUGGGCGGAUGCGCGGAGCGCACGGGAACUAUCCAGUAGGCGCGGCGGCUCCGGUGCGUGUUUACGCGUGAGGAGCUGAGAGCGGUGGAGGAUCCGUCGGAGUGGCCGACCAGCCAGGAGGAUGCUGGAGGGCAAUGCCUGCAGAACGAGAGGAUGAGAUUUGUCGAAAGGCGCUGGAACUGCUCUCCGACCUGUGCUCCAGAGGAGAAGUGCAGGACGACAACUGUGUGGAUUUCAUCUACUACUUCAGGGAUCUGGCCAGACCGCGCUACACGGACUCAGAUGUAUCAGUGAGCCUGUUGUCCCUGCUGGUGACCACCUGUGGUCUGGCUCUCUUCAGCGUCUCACUCUUUGUAUCAUGGAAGCUGUGCUGGGUGCCACUGAGUGGCCGUUUCCUCCCAGAUGUCCUCAAAGGGGCGCACUUCUUGGGAGGAGACCAGCAGCCUGUCCUUACAGAGGUGGACGGGGAGGAAAGGGAGUACAGCGAGGAUGGCUACGUGAAGGAGCCUUCAGGGCCCCCGUCGGCUGUGGCUGUUCCAGAGUCAGCCCUGAAGAUAAGUCACACAUCGCCUGACAUCCCGCUGGAGACCCAGAUGAAGGUGGAGAAAAACCAGGUUCACACUCUGGCCAGAGACAGGGUUCAGAGGCAGAUUACUGAGCCCACAUCGUCUGUACGGCACAACUCCAUCCGGCGUCAGAUGAACUUGUCUAAUCCUGAUUUCAACCCUGCCCAAUUCCAACGUCAGGAUUCUCUUUCUGGUUUGGGUCGAAUCAAACCAGAACUGUAUAAGCAGCGGUCAGUGGACGCAGAAGAUGGUCGUCGGACUGACAGCUGUGGGCGCCUUCAUUUCAUCCUGAAGUUUGACUUUGACCUGGAGCAGCUGAUUGUGAAGAUCCACAAGGCCCAGGACCUCCCUGCCAAGGAUUUCUCAGGGACCUCCGAUCCUUACGUCAAGAUCUACCUACUGCCCGACCGCAAAACCAAGCACCAGACCAAGGUGCAUCGCAAGACACUCAACCCAGUGUUCGAUGAGGUGUUUCUCUUUCCUGUGGCUUACGCCGAGUUGUCAAACCGUAAGCUGCACUUCAGCGUCUAUGACUUUGACAGGUUCUCUCGUCAUGAUUUGAUUGGCCAAGUGGUGGUGGAUAACUUCUUGGAUCUGGCUGACUUUCCCCGGGAGACGAAACUGUGCCGGGACAUACAAUACGUAACCUCGGACAAUGUGGAUCUUGGAGAGCUGAUGUUCUCAUUGUGCUAUCUCCCUACGGCUGGCAGACUUACCAUCACCAUAAUCAAAGCCAGAAAUCUCAAAGCCAUGGACAUCACCGGAGCCUCAGAUCCAUAUGUGAAAGUGUCUUUGAUGUGUGAGGGCCGGAGGCUAAAGAAGAGAAAGACUUCAACCAAGCGCAACACGCUGAACCCAGUGUAUAAUGAAGCCAUUGUGUUUGAUGUUCCUCCUGAGAACAUUGACCAGAUCAGCCUGCUCAUAGCCGUCAUGGAUUAUGAUCGGGUCGGACAUAAUGAGGUGAUUGGGGUGUGUAGGGUUGGCAGUGAAGCUGAAAGUCUGGGGCGAGACCACUGGAGUGAGAUGCUGACGUACCCACGAAAGCCCAUUGCACACUGGCACCCGCUCAUAGAGUGGGUCGGUCAGGGAACGACGGUGAGUGGAAGCCAAGGAGGUUCUACCAAUUCCCUGAAGACGCCACCAUCACCAUGAGCUCCCACACAAACACAUACACCCACUCAAACCAACACAGAUGAAAAGUGUUGAGUUUGGUAAAAUGAUGGGUGAUGGAGCUACAGAUAAUCCUACUAAGAUUUUAAAAAAAUAAAUAAAGAAAUCAGCACAAAAUGUGACUAACAAAUGAUCACAGUAGUGUCAUCAGGUAUAUGUUAUAACUAAAACUGAUGUGUCCUUAGAAUGAAAUAGGUUGCCGUGUGCUAAGACUGCUGCAAAUGCCAACCCCCACUUUUAACUUCCUCUUGUGUAUUCACAACCAAAAACCACUUAACAUUCCAAGUGAACCACUACAGUGGUUUUCUAAUUGUUUUCUAUCGAGCUGUUACUGACAGUAUUAACAAAAUGUGAUUAUUUAACAUUAUUUUUUGUCCUUUUCUUAAUUUCCUUUUUCUUUUUUUUUUAGCAACUUCAAUUUUAUAAUUGAUACUUAGGAAAAUGUGUGGAGCUGUAAAUGUUAGUGUGAGUGGUCUGCUACCAUAAAAAAAAGUGUUUACUUAACAGUAGGAGUUAGAUGACAAACUGAAAAUGUAGUGGAGGAGAAAAUCUAUUUUUAGAUCAGUAAAGUUUAAUUUACGCGCUCAGCAUUGAGGAUUAGACUUGCACAUUGUGUUGCCUAUACUUCGUUUGCACAGACAUGAAGGAUGAUUUUGGUUCAAACCUUAGUUUUACCACCGUGGAAGGCUUUCGCACACAAUACUUCCUGUGAAGAAAACUGUUUGUUUCAUGUAUGUGGAAACAGCUGACAGACAAAAAUAGUGAUUUAAUUAGUGCAUGUUAAAAUGUCUUUUUUUCUUUUAACAGGGUGUGGUCAAAAUAAAGCAAACACAAGCUAACUUUGGUCAUCAGUGAUUUCUCUGGCAGGAAUGUGGUCCAUUCAUGUUGUCUCAGGUACAUUGAUCAUGGUUGUCUGGGAUUUAUUUAGGUUCUUUUGGUUUAUUAUAUAUUGGAAUAUUUGUUUCUUAUUCAAUAGAGAUUUCCCAGGAACCAAAUGUCUUUUUUAUAUAUCCAUUAUGAGACAAUUUACGCUCACUUAAUUAAAAUGAAUAAGAGAUUUGGGGAACAAAAUCUUAGUCGAAAUUGUGUCUUGUUGGAUUAAAGCUGUACUCAUUUAUUUUUAUCCCCCAUUUUUGACAACCGGAAGGAAGCAAAACAAGCUGUGAACAUAAUAAUGGGAUGCUAUCACAAACAUUUGCUCAUUUUCACAUCCCCCAGAUGAAGAGCAACAUUAUCAAUCCUGUUUCAAUUAUCAAUGUACCUCCUGCUUUUUCACUUUUGCUGAUGUUUUUUUUUUGUUCUCAGAAAAGAACUAUUUAGUGUAGGAUAUAUACAAUUAACUAAGAUACAGUGUGGAUUUUACAACCCCUGUCUGGUGAAAGUACGAAGGACACAAAGAGACAUUAUUGGCUUCAUUUCUAAUCAGUUUACUUUAACCUGGUGACUGGUUUAGACGUUGUGUUCUUUUGUUCUGCAGCCUGUCUGAUCAUGUGACUGUUCAGUGACAUCACCAUUCUGAUGACUGCAGGUGUAGUUGUCAUUAUUGCGUUGCAGACUUUGCUUUUAUCACAUCAUUGGGAAAUCCAACGUGCCUUUGUGACAGAGGCUUUGCUAUUAAAUUGUCAAGUGAAACCAUUAAGUCGGAGGAUCCACAGAUGAUGACGUUUACCACUCAAUCAUGUUGUCAGUAGAGAUUAAUGUUUCCAUUGCCAUAAACUGAGUGAACUGAAUGUUGGAACUCUUCCCUGCCACUGUAAUAACAGUUUUCUUUACUUGGGACCAUGCCCUGUGGUUGUUUCAAUAAGCCAGUGUUUGUUUUUGAAAUUUUAGAUUAAUACCUGUAAAAUGUCUUUGUACUGGACACCAUCACAAAUGACAAUUUCUUCUGUGUUUAUAGGUACACUGCAUGCAUUAUUUAGAGUCAUUUUUCAGCCACUUUUUUGCUGUGAGAUGCUAAUCAUGUUGUAAACACAAUAUGUAUUGUGAACCUAAG